AUGCCGCCGGCCACGGCGGCUGCGUGCGGAGGGGGCGGGGAGGCCGUGAGGGGAAAGGCCGUGUCCUUCGGAGCACGGGGCGGGACAGUCCCGGAGCCGGCGGGACGCGGCUCUCUGCAGGCCGCGUCACUCGGAGCCCGCGGCGGGACACGGCUCUCUGCAGGCCGCGUCACUCGGAGCCCGGGGCGGGACAGUCCCCGAGCCGGCGGGACGCGGCUGUCCCCGGGGCGCGGGAAGCGGGUCCCGCUGGAGCGGCGCCGCGCCUGCGCCCCGCGCUCCCUCACCCGCGGCGCCGCUGACGCGGCGGGGGCGGCGCUGCGGCCGCAGGGGGCCGCGGGGAGCACACUGAGGGCUCCGGCCGGCGGCACCCGCGGGUCUCCCGUCCCCGUGGCACCAUCCUGCGAGGGGAAGCGGCGGCUCGUCGGCCUUCGCCCGUGGCGGGGGAGGAAGGGCUCGCCGAGCCGCCGCCGGGCUGAGGGGCUGCCUGGCCGCACGGCCCGGGCCGUGGUCGGUGGUGCUUCGCUCGCAGCCUCCCGGAGCUCGCAGAGCCUUCAGCCGGCCCUUGGAAGGGCCCGGCCCUCUGUCCGAGGUGGGUGCUGA